UUGGCAAUUUGCGCGCGAAGCCCGAGAUCGCAGCGAGACCGAUGGCGCGCGAGAGACCGACGACGACCAAGGACGAGCGGAAGAAGGCUUCCCAGAAAGCUUAUUACGAAGCCAACAAGGAGAAGAUGAAGGCUUGGAUGAAGGCUUGGCAAGCGAAGAACAAGGAUUAUUUAAAGGGUUAUUACGAAGCCAACAAGGAGAAGAAGAAGGCUCAGAUGAAGGCUCAUCGCGAAGCCAACCGCGAGUUCAGAAUCGCCUACGAGCGAACGCAGCGUUUGAGGAAGAAGGCGAUCGCGGCCGGCGAGGUCCCACCGCCGCUGCCCACGCUCAAGGCAUGGCGGGCUGCUGCGACGACCGCGUCAACAACACCAAAGGUGACAGCAAAGCCGCCUGCAGCGUCCAUCGUCCGACGCGCGACGGAGCAGAGCGUCGUGAAGCCUGUGUGGCUACCCCCGGUCGUGCCGUCGACGCAUCCGCUGCCGUGCUGUGAGAAGUGCGCGACAUCCGAGGCGGCCAAGACCAACGCGGCGACGCUGACGUCGGAAAACAACACGGCGUACCCGAGCGGGCCGUAUUUGUGCCACUUUUGCGACACGUUUAUGCUCCUGCGUCGCAUCGGCGAGCUGCCCCCGCGCCCGAUCCCGCGCACGACGCGCAGCGUUGCCAAGGCCAAGGCCAACGCACCGUACCUCGAAGAGUGGAUCCUUUAGCAGACCCAACCAAGUAUUGCGUUGAAUAGUGCGACGAAUGAUGCAUUUAGCUUUGGAUCCAUUGCUGCAUUGACAUUGACAGGGUGAAACCAAUGGCAGACAUUCGAUUUGA